GAAGCACUGGCCCUUUAAAUAAUAAAAAGAAGUCUUUAAUAUCAGCCUGUUUUUAAAAUCCUAUCAGUCACUGAAACAGAAACGAAAUCCAAUUCUUUAGUUGUUUUUUAAAUCCAGCAGAUGGCGCUGUGACCACACACAUUAUCGGCUGAUGUCAGGAUACAGUGUCCCUUUAAAGGAAACUGGUCUUUGUAAACGUCAACAUGCCGACGAACAAGAAACCGAAUAAAAAAUCAAACAAGAAACCAAAAAAGCAACAGCCCCGAAAACCUCCAAGAGAAAAACAAGACAAGAAAAAUAAUGCUUCUGUGAACAAAACCUUUGGGCCGGAGUUUGAGUGUCUUCUGGUUCAGAUGAUUCAGUGGUUUUUUGAUCAUCAACAGGAAGUUGAACAGAAUUUAAGUCUUAAAGACGGAGAACGAAGUGGAUCCGUCAACGUGGAGGAUUUUGAGCUUGUUGUGUUGAACUUGAACGCCCCCUGUGGGCAGGAUCAGCUCCGCGUCCUGACCGAGCAGCUGAAAACCAGCGAUGGUGCGAUCGCUUACCGAGACGUCAACAAACAACUCCAGAGGUUAAGACUCUGCGACGACACUGUGACCUCAGAGGACGUCAGCGCUUUGACGGACAGCGCUGACAGACGGAUGUUAAAUCCUCACAAAGAAAGGUUCCUUCGCCUCAGCGUCAGACUCCUCCCCUUCCACUUCUCUGCAAAACAUCCCGCCAACUUUGACGUGGUGUUGUCGAGCAGCUGCAGGGUCAUCACUCUGAUCGGGAUCAUCCGGGACCGGGUCGGGAUCCAGACCUCCAGGCUGGAGGUCUUCCGGAGCCGAGAGGCCACAGAGGAGUCCCGCCUCCUGCCGGAGAACUCCCUGGAGGGGUGUGGCUUCAGAGGAGGAGCAGAGGAGACUCUGUACUACGACUACAUGCCCAUGUUCACCGACUGUCCCGUCCUCAACUGUGACCACUACUUCAGGUCAACACCAGGACCGGACUCUGUCCAUGGAUGUGGUCUGAACAACAAAUCGUCAAGCAGCCACCAGGGAGUGACAAAAACAACUCAAGUUUGAAUGGAAGUCCAUGUGAACGAUGGAAAAUUCCUCUUUUUCCUGCAUCUGAUGAAAUGAAAACAUCAGUAACCACGUAUUGAACAACACUAACUAUGCGUCGCUCUAAUCUACACUUUAAUAUCUGCGAUUAUGGUCAUUAUGUCUUUUAAUAAAAACAAAGUCACAUGAAACAGGUCAUCAAAAAAACUCCAAAGAAGUAAAGUUUUAGUGACUUUAAGAACAUUUACACAGUUCUUGAGAACUCAAGUUCAAAUCCCCCGCCAGGUUCAGGGUUGGGGUAAAUAAUCUCCAAUUUUACAAUAAAAUGUCUUAAAAACAACAACAAUAUUAAUACAGUAUCAGCAGAAAUGUGAUAGAAUUUGCUGAAUUCCUGACUUCUUUGGACUGAGUGACCCCUAACGGCUGAAAUGACUUAUUUUUUAUUAAAAAUGUUUUGUAAUUCAUCAUUUAAAUAAGUUUUCAGCAACAAAAACAACGUCUGCACUUUUUUAAUCUGGCUACUAAAGCUCAUGUAAGCGA